GAGACCAUCUACCAGUUCUGGAUGGCGCACAUCAAGGACAAGGGAGCGCAGGAGGUCGAGGAGUCGGUGAUGCGUUGCAAGUGCCGCCCAACGAAGCCGAAGGAGAACAAGCCAGACAUGGUGAAGCUGAGCCUCGCCCUCAACAGCAGGCACGCGGCGGUGCAGGACGCGCUGGAGGUGGAGCUGCGCCGCAGGAGCGGAGUGGUGAAGAGGGGGCCAGCGCCUCGCGGCCCACUCGAGCGAGCGGCGCAGCAGCUGCUGGACGAGUACGAGGGCGCGAAGAAAGACAAGGGCGGCAAG